AUGGCGUUGGAGGAGAUCUUUGUAACCGGUGCCACUGGGUUCAUAAAAAAAUUGGUUGCUGUUGCCGCCACAAAAAUUGGUAGGGCUGAGGCGGUAGAUAAAGAUCUACAAAAGCUUAAGGAUACUCUGGAGAUGAUCGCGGCUGUCACAUCUGACGCUGAAAAGAAGCAGGUGAAAUCCAAAGUCGUGCUUCUCUGGUUGAGAAGGCUCCAAGACGUUGCAUAUGAUGUUGACGACCUUUUUGAGGAAAUUUCUUAUGAAGCUAUGCGUGGAAACACCGAGAAGGUAACAGCUCCAUCUAAAAUUGGUUUUGGUUUCGAAAUAGCAAAAAGAAUCAAAACCAUUAAUCGUGAAUUAGAUGAAAUUGCUAAGGACAACGCUAUGUCUCUGUUGGAUCAUAGCGUUGAUGAUCUUGCUGACCAACUAGACCGAAUGACAGUAUCCUUCGUAGAUGAUUCUAAAAUUUUCGGAAGAAAACAUGACAUGUCUCGCGUAGUAGACAUGUUAUUGAUGAAGAACCCUUCAUCGUCAUCAUCAUCUGAUAAUUCUAGUCCACAAGAAAAUGUUUCAGUCGUGUCAAUAGUGGGUAUGGGGGGGGGAUACGGAAAACGACCCUCGCUCAAUUGGUAUACAAAGACAACUCGAUUGAGAGAAGCUUUGAGCCAAGAGCGUGGUUUCAGUGUUUUGGUAAGGAAAGUUCAUGAAAACAUUAGUGGGAAGAAAUAUCUGUUAGUAUUAGACGAUCUUUGGAACGAGAAUGCCGAAGCCUGGGAGAAGCUUAAGAGUUAUUUGAGUGGGGGUGCUCAAGGGAGCAAGAUACUAGUGACUACACGUAAAGAAAAUGUUGCAUCUAUUGUUAGGGGUACAAUUCCACCAUACAAUCUAACGACCUUAUCACAACAAGAAUGUUGGUUAAUUAUUAAGAAUAGGGCCUUUUCUCCUGGAGGAGCAGUCGAAACUCUAACUAUGUCAAAUAUAGGAGAGGAGAUUUCGAGAAAAUGUGCUGGUUUACCACUUGCAGCUAAUUUUCUCGGGAAUCUUAUGCGCUUGAAAAGUAAAGAGUCUGAUUGGUCGGCGAUCAGAGACAAUGAUGUUUUUAAUACACCAGAAAAUCCAAAUAAAAUUAUACUAAUAUUGAAAUUGAGUUACAAUAAUUUACAAUCCAUUUGA